AUGACGACACAAGCAGCAGGCCAAGUCAAGUCAAACGACGUAGCACUCAAGCCUGAUGGCUUGGAACCCUCUCAGCCGGCCUCUGAGCUUCUGAAUCAGGGCCCCAAGCUCAGACCGUAUCAAGAGGAAUGCGUCAUCGAGUGCUUGCAAGCAAUCAGCGAAGGAUUCAAGCGGAUAGGCGUCAGCUCUCCCACGGGGAGCGGCAAGACCACAAUCUUCACCUCUCUGCUAGCGCGCUUGCCGCAACUACCGGCCAAGUACGGCAGAUCAGCAAAUCAAGUCCUCAUUAUCGUGUCCUCAAUCGAGCUAGCGCUUCAGACUGCAGAGGUGGUGGGCAGAACUUAUCCUUCCUUACUGGUCGAGAUCGAGCAAGGAUCUAAGUUUCACGCUACAGGAGCAGCCGACGUAACAGUCGCCACCAUCCAAACGCUGAAUAGAUCGGAAGGACGAUUGAAUAAGUUCGAUCCAAGGAACUUCAAAGGCGUCAUCGUCGAUGAAGCGCAUCAUGCUGCAAGUCCAAGCUACAGGAGCAUCCUCCAUCAUUUCAAUCCAAAUGUAGGGCGACCAGAGACACUCUCGCAGGAUGACGUUGAAGAAGACGUGAAGCAGCCCGUUUUCCCGAUGGAAGCUGCACUUGCCAAGCACGAUUUGCCGAUCAUCGGAUUCUCAGCUACGUUCGCACGGCACGACGGUGUGGCUCUGGGCUCAGUUUUUGAGCGCAUAGUCUUCCACCGAGACUUUUUGGAGAUGAUUGAGGAGGAGUGGCUUUGUCCUGUGCGCUUCACCGCUGUUCGAGCCUCCAUCGACUUUUCCGAAGUGCGACUCACGGGGCCUUCUGGAGAUUUUUCACCAAGCUCACUCGCUGCUGUGGUGGAUAAGCCGGUGAUCAAUCGCUUGAUAGUUCGCACAUGGCUCGACAAAGCGAAAGGUCGUCGCUCAACGUUGGUCUUCUGCGUCAAUAUUGCUCAUGUGGAAUCACUGACUGCCGAGUUCCGUCAAGCUGGCAUCGACGCGCGCUGGCUACAUGGCUCUACGCCCAUCAGGGAGCGAAGACAAUUGUUGCAAGACUUCAAGGAUGGGGUGUAUCCUGUCCUCGUAAACUGUGCAGUCCUCACAGAAGGUGCGGACGUACCUGCCAUUGACUGCGUGCUCCUCGCCAGGCCUACACGCAGUCGGAACUUGUUCUCUCAGAUGAUUGGAAGAGGAAUGCGUCUCUCCCAGGCCACUGGAAAGGCCGACUGCCUCAUGCUGGACCUGGUCGGCACGCUUGAGAGGGGCGUUGUCUGCAGCCCUACCCUUUUCGGUCUAGAUCCGGACAGCGUCAAUGAAGCAAGCGUUGAAGACUUGCGUGCUGUAGCUGACUCGCGGGAGAAGAACGGCGAAGACUCUCAGCAGGACAGCGAGACUGAGGAGAUCAACGAGACAGAGAUCCCCGAUCCCUCGAAGGUAACUUAUGAAGAGUGGGGUCCACUCGAAUUGCAACAAGCAAUGAUGUCGCGAACCAGAGGCAUCAUUGAGCGGAUGAGCCCAAAUGCUUGGGUCGAUUGUGGAGAUGAUAUUUAUGUGCUAGACUUGCCGCCGAAGAAGGGAUACGUAAAGGUCGAGCGAGACGAAGAAGGCAAAGCGGAAGGGACAGGAGGUGAGACGAUGCAGAAUGGGAAUGUGCUUUGCCUGUUCCUGGAAGCUUAUCCGAUUCGUCAUGUGCAAAAAGAAUGGGUCGCACACUUCACAGCGCGUAAUGCGGACGCCGACGAAGCGGCGGCGGCAUCGGGUGGCAGUCCGAGAGGUAAGAAGCGGUUUUCUCCUUUUCGGCGCCCGACGGAAAUCUUGAGAGCCAGCGAGCUCGAAGCAGCCAUUCGCGGUGCCGAUUCAUACGCCAUCAAACGCGUUGGCAGAGCCGCCCCAGGGACUGGUCUGCUAGCGAGGACGUCACCAUGGAGAUCCAGACCUUCCAGCGAAAAGCAACGCGCUUUUGUAGAGAAGCGACUGGGUCUCGACAAGACCAGGGCAGCGCUAGCAUCGGUGCAGGACGCCGAAGAAGACUCUCGAAGAAGCGAAUGGAAUAUAAAAAAUCGGUCGCCUCGUCCGGGAGAUGCCUUGCCUGCUCUGACAAAAGGUCAAGCCAGCAUCAUCUUGACGAAGUUGCAGCACGGGGCCAAGGCGAGAUGGGAGAAGCAAGCAAAGAAGCAUAACAAAGCCGUCAGGGAGAAGAGAAAAGAAGCCGAGAGGAGGGCCAGAGAGACUGUCCAGGUAGGCCCCUUGCCUUCUUCAUAA